CGGAGCCGGACCAGCCUUGGGGUGGGAGACUAGCCCGGCCGCGGCGAGGGCCACCCGGGUCCUCUGCCUCACGGCCCACCGGGGCCAGGUAUAAAAAAGCCUUAAACAAGUUAGAAUCUAGGCAACAGACUCCUUGAAGUGUUGACUGCCAAACUUAACCAUGAACAUGAUUCAAAAAUGUUAAUAUAUAAACCAAGACCAUGGGGAACUCAUAUGCUGGGCAACUGAAAUCUGCUAGAUUUGAGGAAGCUCUCCACAACUCCAUUGAAGCCUCGCUCAGAUGUAGUAGUGUAGUACCGCGGCCAGUUUUUUCCCAGCUGUACUUGGACCCUGACCAGCACCCUUUCACAUCUUCAGAUGUCAAACCUAAGGUGGAAGAUCUGGAUAAAGACCUGGUACAGCGUUACACCCAAAAUGGCAGUCUGGAUUUUUCCAACAAUGUAGCAAUUAAUGAGAUGGAAGAUGAUGAAGAUGAUGAAGAAAUGUCUGAUUCCAACAGCCCACCAAUUCCCUAUUCACAAAAACCUGCCCCAGAAGGAUCUUGCACUACAGAUGGUUUUUGUCAAGCAGGAAAGGAUUUGCGUUUGGUCUCACUGUGUACGGAACAAAUUGACAUCCCAGCAGGAUUCCUCCUGGUGGGGGCCAAGUCUCCUAAUCUUCCUGAACACAUCCUAGUUUGUGCUGUAGACAAGCGAUUUCUACCAGAUGAUCAUGGGAAAAAUGCACUUUUAGGGUUUUCUGGAAACUGUAUUGGCUGUGGAGAAAGAGGAUUUCGGUAUUUCACGGAAUUUUCCAACCACAUUAACUUGAAGCUCACCACCCAGCCAAAGAAGCAGAAGCACUUAAAGUACUACCUAGUCAGAACCUCCCAGGGUGUAUUAUCUAAGGGACCUCUUAUCUGCUGGAAAGAAUGCAGAAGUCGACAGUCCUCUGCGAUCUGCCACUCUGUUAAACCUAACUCCUCAGUAUCAUCAACUGUGGCUCCAGAGAAUGGGACAACUAAUGGGUACAAAACAGGCUUCACUCAGAUAGAUUCGUCAGCUCUCAGUCCAGCUAAUUCUGCAAUCAAUUUAAGUGGCGCUCAGGACCUGACCCGGAAUAAGAAUGUUGUGAAACCACUGCCCUUGUCUUUGCAGGUUGUAGGGAAGACUUUUCCUGCAGAUACAGCAAAUGGGACCAGCAGCCAUGGAGGGAAGAGCAGCGCAUCCAGCUCUACUCCAUCCCGCCCAGGGAACUACUCUUUGUCACCAAGACCUAGCUAUACAUCCAUAGACCAAGCUAACAUGUUCAUUUCCGGACCACCAAAGAAACGACACCGGGGAUGGUAUCCUGGGUCACCUGGCCCCCAACCAGGUUUAGUUGUGCCUGUUCCCACAGUUCGCCCUCUUUCGAGAACUGAACCCCUUUUAUCUACCCCAGUUCCACAGACCCCAUUAACUGGAAUUUUACAACCUCGGCCUAUUCCUGCAGGGGAAACUGUAAUUGUUCCUGAGAACCUGCUGAGUAACUCAGGAGUUAGACCAGUAAUUCUGAUAGGCUAUGGCACUUUACCCUAUUUCUAUGGAAAUGUUGGUGACAUUGUUGUGAGUCCUCUGCUGGUGAAUUGCUACAAGAUCCCACAAUUGGAAAACAAAGAUUUGGAACAAUUAGGAUUGACUAGCACCCAGCUCCUGAGUGUGGAAAAUAUGAUCCUUCUGACUAUACAGUAUCUCGUGCGGUUGGGUCCUGAUCAGAUACCUCUCAGGGAGGAAUUUGAGCAGAUCAUGCUGAAAGCAAUGCAGGAAUUUACUCUGAGGGAACGGGCCCUGCAGAUAGGCGCUCCAUGUAUACCUGUGUCUCCUGGACAGCUCCCCUGGCUUGCUAGAUUAAUUGCCAGCGUGUCUCAAGACCUGGUUCAUGUGAUUGUGACCCAGAACUCUCUGGCAGAGGGCAUUUCAGAGACACUGAGGAUUCUCAGUGAAAUGAAACACUACCAAAGGCUACCAGAUUAUGUUGUGACAAUUUGUGCAUCCAAAGUCAGAGGAAAUGAAUUUUGUGUGGUGGUAUUAGGUCAGCAUCAGUCUCGGGCUCUGGCAGAGAGCAUGCUCACCACAAGUGAGUUCUUGAAAGAAAUUAGUUAUGAGCUCAUCACAGGAAAGGUCAGCUUUCUGGCAUCACACUUCAAAACCACGUCAUUAGGUGAUGACCUGGACAAACUGCUAGAAAAAAUGCAGCAAAGAAGAGGAGACAGUGUGGUCACUCCUUUCAACGGAGACCUCAGCGAAUGUGUUUCGCCUCAGGAGGCUGCUGCCAUGAUUCCCACACAAAACCUGGAUUUAGAUAAUGAAACCUUCCAAAUUUAUCAACCACAGCUUACAGUUGCCAGAAAACUCUUAUCGCAGGUCUGCGCAAUCGCAGACAGUGGCAGCCAGAGCCUGGACCUCGGCCACUUUAGCAAAGUGGACUUCAUCAUCAUUGUCCCAAGAUCAGAGGUUCUGGUCCAACAAACUCUUCAACGGGUUCGACAAUCAGGUGUCCUUGUAGACUUGGGUCUGGAGGAAAACGGAACAGCUCAUCAGAGGGCAGAGAAAUACGUUGUUCGCCUAGACAAUGAGAUUCAAAGCAAGUUUGAAGUUUUUAUGAGGAGGGUGAAACAGAACCCAUAUACACUGUUUGUGCUGGUUCAUGACAACUCCCAUGUGGAGCUAACGAGUGUGAUUUCCGGCUCUCUGUCACAUGGUGAACCCAGUCAUGGAUUGGCUGAUAGAGUCAUUAAUUGCAGAGAAGUUCUAGAAGCCUUCAACCUCCUGGUGCUCCAAGUCAGCUCCUUCCCAUACACACUGCAGACCCAGCAGUCCCGAAUCAACUCCAACAAUGAGGUCCAUUGGAUACAGCUGGACACCGUGGAGGAUGUGGGCUGCGAAAAGCUGUACUUUGGCUUGAAUGAGUACAGCAAAUCUCUGCAGUGGGGGAUCACCAGUCCACUUCUGAGAUGUGAUGAGGCCUUUGAGAAGAUGGUGAACACACUCUUGGAGAGGUACCCCCGGCUGCAUAGCAUGGUCGUCCGUUGCUACCUUCUCAUCCAGCAGUACUCAGAGGCCCUAAUGGCUCUCACUACCAUGGCAUCGCUCCGAGACCACAGCACACCAGAAACUCUCAGCAUUAUGGAUGACCUCAUCAGUUCCCCAGGAAAAAACAAAAGUGGGAGGGGACACAUGCUCAUCAUCAGGGUGCCAUCAGUACAGCUGGCGAUGUUGGCCAAGGAGCAGCUACAGGAGGUGCGCGACAAACUGGGUCUGCAGUAUCGCUUUGAGAUCAUCCUGGGGAACCCAGCCUCUGAACUCAGUGUUGCAACUCACUUUGUGGCACGAUUAAAGACUUGGAGAGGAAAUGAGCAGGAAGAGUGGAUCCCCCGGACAUAUCAAGACUUAGAUGGUCUGCCUUGUAUAGUGAUACUAACAGGCAAAGACCCUCUUGGAGAAACCUUCCCCAGGUCCUUAAAGUACUGUGACCUACGGUUAAUCGACUCAAGCUAUUUAACUCGUACGGCCUUGGAGCAGGAGGUGGGCCUGGCAUGCUGCUAUGUCUCAAAAGAGGUCAUCCGGGGGCCUGCUGCCGCCCUGGACCUCAGUGGGAAGGAGACUGAGAGGGUCCCUGCCAGUGAGAAUGACUCCGAGGAGCUGCUCAUUGACCUGGAGCGGCCACAGAGCAACAGCAGCGCUGUCACAGGAACCUCUGGUUCCAUCAUGGAGAAUGGGGUGAGCUCCUCCAGUACGGCUGACAAGUCCCAGAAGCAGUCCCUGACUCCCAGCUUCCAGAGCCCCACAACCAGUGUGGGGCUAGAUGAAGGGGUCUCAGCCAGCACUGCUGUGGCUGGGGAGACCCUGAAGCAGGAGUGUGACUCCUUGGGCCCUCCGAUGGCCAGCAGCACCACCUCCAAGCCUUCUUCAUCAUCGUCCUUGGGUGCCCAGAGCCUGGUGUGGCCAGGACAGGCCCCCAGAGGCUGUGGGGGCCUACACACCACUCUGCCCCCAGUGGUGAUUUUAUCCCAAGCUGCCUACAGCCUCCUGGGAUCCCAGAAGAGCAGCAAGCUGCCGUCCUCCUCCUCCCUGCUGCCCCAUGCCGAUGUGGCCUGGGUGAGCUCCCUGAGGCCGGGCCUGCACAAGGAUAUGAGCAGCGAGGAGCAGUCCCUCUACUACCGCCAGUGGACCUCAGCCCGUCAGCACCACGCAGACUACAGCAACCAGCCAGACCCCGGCUCGGGGGUCCGGACCUUCCAUCCUCGGCGGCUGCUGCUCACUGGCCCCCCCCAGGUGGGAAAGACUGGCUCCUAUUUACAGUUCCUUAGGAUCCUCUUCCGCAUGCUCAUCCGGCUCCUGGAGGUAGACGUGUAUGAUGAGGAGGAGAUAAACACGGAUCACAGUGAAAGCAGUGAAGUGAGCCAGUCAGAGGGAGAGCCCUGGCCUGACAUCGAGAGCUUCAGCAAAAUGCCUUUUGACAUCAGUGUGCAUGAUCCCAAGUACAGUCUGAUGAGCCUGGUAUACACUGAGAAGCUGGCAGGGGUCAAACAAGAAGUAAUAAAGGAAUGCAAAGGUGAGUCCCAGAAACGAGAAACUGUAUCCAUGAUGCUGACCAAGUACGCAGCCUAUAACACCUUCCACCACUGCGAGCAGUGCCACCAGUACAUGGACCUCACCCCCACCUCCCAGAUGUCUGACUCCACCCUCCAUGCGUUCACAUUUUCUUCUUCUAUGCUGGGAGAGGAAGUUCAGCUUUAUUUCAUCAUUCCCAAAUCCAAAGAGAGUCAUUUUGUCUUCAGUAAGCAGGGCAGACACCUGGAGAGCAUGCGGCUGCCCCUGGUUUCAGACAAGAAUCUGAAUGCAGUCAAGAGCCCUAUUUUCACUCCUUCCAGUGGUCGCCAUGAACAUGGACUCCUAAACCUUUUCCAUGCCAUGGAGGGCAUCAGCCACCUUCACCUUCUGGUAGUCAAAGAAUAUGAGAUGCCACUGUACCGCAAGUACUGGCCCAACCACAUCAUGCUGGUGCUUCCCGGCAUGUUCAAUAAUGCAGGCGUGGGUGCUGCUAGGUUCCUCAUUAAGGAGCUGUCCUAUCACAACCUAGAACUGGAAAGGAAUCGUCUAGAGGAGCUGGGAAUCAAACGACAGUGUGUCUGGCCUUUCAUCGUUGUGAUGGAUGACUCCUGUGUCCUAUGGAACAUUCACAGUGUUCAGGAGCAAACCAGCCAGCCCAUGGAAGCAGGAGUUUCCAGUAAAAACGUGUCCUUGAAGAGCGUCUUGCAGCAUAUUGAAGCCACACCAAAAAUUGUCCACUAUGCGAUCCUGGGUAUACAAAAAUGGAGCAGCAAGCUGACUUCUCAGAGCCUAAAGGCCCCAUUCUCUAGGUGCCAUGUACAUGACUUCAUUCUCCUCAACACAGACUUAACCCAGAAUGUGCAGUAUGACUUCAACAGGUAUUUCUGUGAGGAUGUUGACUUUAACCUGAGAACAAACAGCAGUGGCCUGCUCAUCUGCCGCUUUAAUAACUUCAGUCUCAUGAAGAAACAUGUUCAGGUUGGCGGGCAAAGGGACUUUAUCAUUAAGCCAAAGAUCAUGGUGUCAGAGAGCUUAGCUCCCAUCUUGCCCCUGCACUACGUCUGUGCUCCUGAUAGUGAACACACGCUACUGGCAGCCCCUGCACAGUUCCUCCUGGAGAAGUUCCUUCAACAUGCCUCCUAUAAACUCUUCCCCAAAGCCAUCCAUAACUUCAAGAGUCCUGUGCUGGCUAUUGACUGCUACCUUAACAUUGGACAGGAGGUGGCCAUAUGCUACGUGAGCUCCAGACCCCACUCAAGCAACGUCAACUGUGAAGGGGUGUUUUUCAGUGGGCUCCUCUUGUACCUCUGUGACUCUUUCGUAGGUGCUGAUCUUCUCAAGAAAUUUAAGUUUCUAAAAGGUGCUACCCUGUGUGUCAUCUGUCAAGAUAGAAGCUCCUUACGCCAAACUAUUGUUCGUUUAGAGUUAGAAGAUGAGUGGCAGUUCCGCCUCCGGGAUGAGUUUCAAACAGCUAACAGCAGCGAUGACAAGCCACUAUACUUUCUUACUGGACGUCACAUAUGAGCUUUUGAAGAGACCAAAAAUAACAGAUCCCUAGAUGGGGUGGGACUAACAAUUAUUGGGGAUUUUUUUUCUUUAAAGUACAAUCACUGUGGAGCAAAGUGCAACAUUUGUCUAUUCUCCAAAGAACUCCCCAAAUGUGACCAAGGUCUUUGGGGGCAUCAGCAUUCAUUUCCAUUUACAGAACCUAUGUUCAGGUGAAUGCCACAGUACGCAGUUAUGCAAUUCUUAAGAUGUGCUAGCCUGGGAGAGCCUGAGAAGGACAGAUUCUAGGGAUCACGGAACUUGCAUUGUUUUUUUCUAUCACACUAUGUUAGGAGGAAAACUGUCAGCAUUAGCCAGUUUGAAUGUGUUACAAGAGACUCACACCACUGGUGUGAAAUUAAUUGAAGAUUAACAUUUGAGGCCUGAACCCUCAGUUUCUCUUCAGAUCUGUACUUUGGUACAGUAUUACUCAGGGGUCUGAAAUGAUAGAGUGUAGAAGAUAUUUGUAUUUAAAAAAGAAGUAGCUUUGUCUUUCUCUGUGCAGUGUUAGUUUAAGAUUUAUAAUCUUUAUAUGUAUUAAAACUUUCAGCAAAAUUUCCACAGGAGUUAAAAGUUUACUAUUUAAACUGAACAAACAAAUCAGUAAAUGCAGAGGAGGCAUUGUGUGCCAUUUAUGAAGCUUCUCUAAGCUUUAAUUCCUUUGUUUUUCCCAUUCUUUACAAAAGUUUCCAGUCUUUAAGCACUCCAUGUCUAUGGCAUGGAACAGUUUUGUGCAAGAAGUUGACUAAGUGCUUGGGCAAACAGCAUUCUUCAGUUAACCGUAAAGUAAGCAGCUGGCACAAGCAAAACUUCUACAACAGUCUGGGAUUCUGCUGUACAGUCUAACUAAUUCAUUUCUUUCAGGGAUUCAAGCAAAGCUUCCUUUAGAAGACAAACACUGAGUAUCAGCGGCCUUACCGUAACACACAGAAAUUGGUGAAAUGGGAAAAAGCAUAGAAAGAGAAAUGGUGGUAAGGAAGGUUGCAUGAAGAGUCUUUUGGACUCAAUAAAAUCAGCAGGCAGUGUAUGACCAAUAGCAGCAGGUGAAAGUUUCUAUGGCUUUCUCACCAAAUAUUUAACCAAAAACAUUUCUGGAAAAUAUUCUUGAAUAGUCUAUUGGAAGUUUACACUUAAAUUACUCUCGUUAAUUAAUCAUAAUCACCUCAAAAUUUUCUCGGCCCAUAGGUAUCAUUUUAUCCCACUAAAAGAGUCAUUCUUACUUGAAUCUGUCUUGUGACUUCAAACUGAGAGGGGUCUUCAAAGCCUGCAUUUACUUAAAAGUUUUAAAUAAACAAGCUUUAUUAUCUUGUGAUAAACAAGGACUUUUUAGCUAGUGAAAAGAUGGAAUGUAUUAGACUGAACUCGUUUUGCAGAUCUCUUGGUUUUAAAACAGCUACUUACACUGCUUUUAAUGUAUUUUAAAAUGAUUAUUUCUUCUUAACCCCAUUUUUAAUUGUCCUUCAAAGAGGAUCUGCCUUAUUAUAUGCUUUAAAAAUACUCCUUAACUUCAGCGUGGCAGAAUUUCUGGCAAAGAGGUAGGAUCCAGGGCAGUCUGAUUUAGAUAUGAAUGUAUCUCACUUGUUCCUGUUUUGCUGAAAGGGUCCCAAUGCUGGUAAUAUCAAGAAACCCACUAUGUGUGCAAUAUUCCACUAUGUAGGGCAAUUAAAAUACUUGAACUAAUUCUACAACAAUUGUACCUGGGGCAGAUGGCCUCCUAAGAGUUACUACUGGCUCCCCCCCUUUUUUUUUCCACUUUGGAAUUCAUAAAGCCAAAGAAUAUUUUUUAAAGGUUAUUUUAGAUGCAGGUACUCCAUGUUAGCGCUGCACUCUGGAAACUCAAAUGAUUAUAAACUUGUAAAUAUUACUCAGCUCUGUACAAGAGAAAUGCCAGAAUAAAGCCAAAAGACCAUCACCCCAAUAAUGGAGAAAUUUCACUAGCCUCUCUUCUUUUCAAAGUCUAACUCUAUAAGGUUUGGCUCUUUUUAAAUCGCCUUAUCAGUAUAAUUCUUUAGAGAAUGUUAGGUCCUUUUUAAGGAUGAAAUUGCACAAGUCCAGGACACCAUGAUUUGUUAAUGCAUGUCUUGGUUUAUUGAUUUUACCCUUUCCCAUCCCUUAGGACACUGAGGUGGGCAAAUGGAUUCACUAGGCCACACCAUAAUUUACCCACAGACCUGCUGAACCUUGGCACAUAAGACAGUUCACACAGGUUAAUAUUGAAUGUAAACUAAAAAAUUAGAAGAACUGUUGUAGUCAGUUUGUUUUGGCUAUAAUUUAUGCAACUGCUUCUCGUGACUUUUAGAAGAGGGGGCACCUGUGUUAUUUGUUACUGUAAAAUUUUCUUAACCAAAAUUUGGUGAAUUUCACUAGUCACCUCUACCUCACAUUUUGUUUAUGCCUCUAAGUUGUCUUAAGUUGUAUCUACAGUAUGUUCUUGUCCUUUCAUUUGGUGAAUGUAUUAAAAUUUUCUCCCACUCCUCA